AACGAAAUUAAAUAUAAAGGAAGGAACUGAGGGGGACAAUAGCAUAAAAGAGAGAGAGAGAGCGCGCUCCGUUUCGAUCGAGGAGGAGAAACCCUAAUGGUGAUGCCCGACGCCUGUAAUGGAUCGAGGCCCCCCAAACCCUGCGUCUGAGCCCGAGAGAUGAUCGAUGAGCGGCGGCCGGGUGGUGCAGAUGUCCGCCUCCUCCAUGGCCCCCGCCGCGCCGCCGCAGCAGCCCCCGCCCACGCUCCCCUCCGCUGUUUCCCGAUCGCCGCCGGCGCACCCCCAGUCCCAUCCCCCCUCUGCCCUCUCCCUCGGCCUCCUCCCCCUCCCCCUGCCCCUCCCCCUCCUCCCCGCCCCCGUCACCCGCCACCCGGCGGGGUCCGAUUCCGUCGAACACGUGGCCCCGCCGGUCGCCAAGGUGAAGCUGGCUGACAUUGUGCCGUAUGAGGGGGCUCCCGGCGGGGUGUAUUCCAAGGCGGUGGAGGAGCUGUCGGGGUCGCUGAUGAGGCACAACGCCGUGGUGAUCGAGCUCGGGAGCGAGGAGGCGGUGGUUGUAAAAUGUGCGCUGGAGUCGGCGAGGAUGUGCUUUAAGGCGAGGGCGCAGUGCAAUGGUGCCGGUAGUGGUGUCUCGGGUUGGGGGAAGUUGGGCCGCGGUGUUUAUACCUAUCGUGCUGGAAGGGCUUUGGAAGAUGGAGAUCUGUCUCCUGCAUGCAUGGGAGAUGCCUUCAGAUGUAUGGGAAAGGCAGCUCGUGCUUCACUUUGUGCAAUAGCAAGGCAUCUUCGGCUUCGAAGCGAUGUUUUUAACCAUCUGCUGGAUGAUACCCCAUUGCCUGCUAACGAGGUCUCAUCAUCAGUUCUGAUUGCUGCCUGUUCUCAUGCCUCACAUACUAAUAAUAGCAAGGGCCAAAUUGGAGGAAAAUCUUCCAUUACUGAAGUUGAAAAGGGACUAUUGACAUUAAUUGCCUCUGACAGUCCUGGGAUUCAGGUGUGCGAUCCAAAUGGUCAUUGGUUCCUAGCGGAUGGGGGUUCAGGUCCUGGAGAUCUAUUGCUACUAACAGGCAGGGCUCUAAGUCAUGCCACUGCUGGUCUCCGUCCAGCUGCCUCAUAUAGAAUGAUCGUUGAGUGUUUUCCUGGUACAGUGACUAGAGGAAGGGUAUCACUGACAUUUAAGCUCAUGCCUCAAAGUAAUGCUAUAUUGGAUUGCUCACCAAUUGCAGUGGCUGGGCAUGUUGCACCCCAGAGUUACCAACCAAUUUCGGUAAGCCAGUUUAUGGAUGACUUGUCUGCUGAAGAAGAUGCCAUGUGCAAUCAUCCUGACAAUAUUUAUGAAACUCAGAAUGAUCCUAUGAAGGAACCAUCACUGAGAAGCAUACUUUCGGACCCUUUGUCUGGGGCAUUCCUUGAGGAUGCUAUGGUUGUCUCUUGUGGGCAUUCUUUUGGUGGCCAUAUGCUGAAGAAAGUUAUAGAAAUGGCCAGAUGUAAUAUAUGUAAUGAAGAGAUAGAGACAGGGAUGUUGAUCCCAAACUAUGCUGUGCGAGCUGCAGCUACCACAGUGAAGAUGGAGGAUGAUAAGCGACUCUUUCAUAAUGCUGCUCUACGCAAACGUAGGAAAGAAGUUGGUGAACAAAUGGAGGCACUGAAGAGAUUGGCCAAAGUAAAUGGGGAGAUAGCAGCCGAGAGUGACGGCCCUAGACAACUAAAGGGAGUUCAAUAUCCAUUUGUAGUAAAUGAGAAAGUUUUGAUCAAAGGAAACAAGCGGACUGCUGAUAAAUUGGUUGGAAAGGAAGCAAUAAUAACAUCCCAAUGCUUGAAUGGCUGGUACUUACUCAAGAUUCUGGAUAGUGGUGAAAGUGUUCGUCUGCAAUACCGCUCUCUUCAGAAACUCCCAAGCUCACAAGCAGAUGACAGGAUACAACCACAACCCUUGCUUAUAAGUAGCAAUUGAGUAGAUGGUGCUAUGGUUGCUACUUGGCUACAAGAGUCUUUUGUGAUACAAAUUCUGCUUGUUUUGUAAUUUUUGGACAGUAUUUUUUGCCAGGUUUUUAAUGGACAUUAACUUAUGAAGAAGUUUUACGAUAGGAAAUGAGAAUGCCAAGACACAGAGCAGUGCCUCAACAUAUAGAAAGAGAACAAACAAAAGGUGCUCAUGAAACAGUGGACUUUGUAUCUUGAGCGAAUGAUGUUCAAUUUUACCAUCUUGGUUUUGUCUCCUGCUACUGCAGGUAAUAGAUGUCACACAAAAAAUGAGCCUUAGCAUUCUCCACUUGUACAGCAUCCAACUAGUUAAGCAACGACGAUAAUAGGGAUGAGAAAGUUUGACUUGUGAAAUUAUCCAACUAAGUUAUUCAACCCGCCUUUUUUUGGACAUUUUGGUUUGUUGUCAUUGUUUGUUAUCUUUUGACCCAAGGAUAGUGUGGCAUAUUCUGUGGAUC